UGCCACUGGUAUAAAUGCGGUCCUGCGAUGUCCAUGGCUGUCGGCGCGGCGGCUCCCGCGACUUGACUGCAGCAGGGCUCCGGGAGGCAGCGCCGCUCCGCGCCCUUCGGCCGCCGGGACCCACGGGGCGGCGGCGGGCGGACAAGGAGGACAAGGAGGAGGAAGAGGAUGCUGCGCGCCUUGGUGGCGGUGUCCCUGUGGCUGCGGGUGAGCCCGCGGGCGCAGGGCGCGCCGUGCGAGGCGGUGCGCAUCCCCAUGUGCCGCUCCAUGCCCUGGAAUAUCACCCGCAUGCCCAACCACCUACACCACAGCACCCAAGAAAACGCCGUCCUCGCUAUCGAACAGUACGAGGAGCUGGUGGCCACCGGCUGCAGCCCGGUCCUGCCCUUCUUCCUCUGCGCCAUGUACGCCCCCAUCUGCACCCUGGAGUUCCUCUACGACCCCAUCAAGCCGUGCCGCUCCGUCUGCCAGCGCGCCCGCGACGGCUGCGAGCCCAUCAUGCGCCGCUACAACCAUAGCUGGCCCGAGAGCCUGGCUUGCGACGACCUCCCCGUCUACGACCGCGGCGUCUGCAUCUCCCCAGAGGCCAUCGUCACCGACGUGCCGGAGGAUGUGAAGUGGACGGACUUCACACAGGGCUUUAUGGUGCCGGACAGACCCCUGGAGCCUGACUGCAGGAGCCGUGGCCAGGAGCGGUGCAGGUGCAAAAAGACAAAGCCUACGCUGUCAACCUACUUGGCCAAGAACUACAGCUACAUCAUUCACGCUAAAGUAAAAAGCAUAGAAAGAGGGAACUGCAAUGAGAUAACGACUGUGGUUGAAGUCAAAGACAUACUCAAGUCUUCAAUGCCAAUUCCUCUGUCCCAAGUGCCUCUUCUUACAAAUUCCUCCUGCCAGUGCCCGCCUCUUCAACCAAAGCAGGAUGUUCUCAUCAUGUGCUAUGAGUGGCGCUCAAGGUUGAUGCUUCUUGAUGGAUGUCUAGUUGAAAAAUGGAAGGACCAACUAAACAGAAGAUUUAAGAGGUGGGAACAGAGACUGCAAGAGCAAAAGCGGCGAACCGCGCGCAGUAAGAACCAGAAUUCGGGACGCAGUGGUCAGAGUGGAGCCCUGAAACCGCAAACCAAGAACACCAACCCACUGAUCAGUGGCCCCAAAAAGGCCAUUAAAAUAAGAAAUGGCCAGAAAGAAAUCAACCCCAAAAAAGUAUAAGUGUGAAAUUCCCAAAAGGAAGGACUUUCCCUGCACGACAAGGGUCACAAUCUGGCUUGGUCAGCAUGUUUUAUUAAUCCAGAACUCAUCAAUUUAAAAAAAUCAUGUCAGUUUCUACAUAGACCUCUUUGCUGCACUUUACUGUUACAAGGUUUGCUUAUCCUUUCAAGUCACUGCAAGCCGUAGAGCAUAGGUUUGCACUAAUAUGAGGUAGGCAUAUUCCAGCUGACUGAGCUUUAUCUUUGGGCUCUGAUUUCCCAUCUAGAUAGAACUAGCCUUGGCUGCCAGAGGUUUUGACUCCUUGUACCAGUUGCCUGGUCUGCUUCCCUGCCAGAUGUUGGAGAGCUUCAUGGAGAUUCUCUCUCUCCUCAGCUGGUGUAGUAGUUGGUGGGUUAAUCUGUGAGUUAGUCUGUGAAUUAUCUUAGAGCUCACUAGACCAGGCAGCUGAGGAGCAGGAUGAAGGAUAGUAACCUCUGGCAGAUAUCUCAGACAGCAAUGACUGCAGCUGCUGGAGCUGAACCUGUCUGCUGUUUAGAAUCACAGCCCUUGCUCAGAGUGUUCAAAAGCAUAGUUUACCAUUAAGCAUCUGGGUAUGCAUUAUGUGAUUAUUUUUAUGUGUGUGCCAAAAAUAUGCUUACAGUGAUAGUACUUGAUCUUGCGGGUUUGUGUAGUAAAAAUACAUUCAAAGCAGACAUUUGAUUUUUUUUUUAUUGUACUUCAGGCUGGCUUCUGUUGUUCUAAUUUCAAAUAUAUUUAAACAUCUAA